AUGCCGGCCCCGAUCCUCUCCUCGCAGUUCCUCACGCUCGAGGUGGUCGAGACGGCGCUCAAGGGGGUGUCGGAGCCGUCGGAACGCGUAAAGCUCCUGUCGGCGAAGGUACAUCUGCUGCAGGAGGCCGCUGCGGCGGCGGCACGACCACCCCCAGCUACACCCACGACGACAAGCGACACCUCCGCGCCACCUCGCCCGCCGCGCCCCUCCCCCGUCCCCCUGCUCGCCGCCCGCGCCGACCUUGCGGACGCGUACCUCCUCCUCACGCCGCCAGACCUGCACGCCGCCGAGGCCGAGUGUCUGGCCGCACAGGCCGAGUGCCGCCGCCUGCUCAAGCGCCAGGGCGACGAGGGCUGGCGCCCCGACGUUGGCGCGAUUCGGGAGCGCGUGCUUGCGUUGCUUGUUGCGAUUGAGGAGGGGCUUGGGAGGCCUGCUAGGGCUGAGCGGUGGCGCGGGUUGAUGAGUGGGUAG